GUUAUUCCAACAUCAUCAGAACAAACAAUAAAACUUAUAUCUUUAUCUGGCGACGUCUCGACCAAGUAUAUCAACCAAGAUGAAAUCCAUCUCCCUUUCCCUCUCCCUCGCAACCACCAUCCUUCUCUCCACCGCACCCCUGGUCACCGCAAAGACCUACACGACCAAUAUCCCAGUCAAGGAAAUCCAAGGAGCUUGGUCCAUUCACGGCAACUCGAUCAGCUGGACCGAGGACGGCUUCAAGACCUCCAUUGACUGCGACGACCAAGACGGCAACAAGAAGCUCAGCCUCAGCAACAACAAGAAGUUCGCUGGCUGCUGUCUCUCUGGACAGAGACUUGUCGGAUCUCCUGACACGGCCUUUGAUUGCUGCGCUAAUGCACAUGACCUUGCCGGUUCAAAGGAAACCGGGUAUAGAUGCUGCCCGGAGGGCGAGACCUAUGACGGAGUCACCUGCAAAGCUGAUGAUCCAGUGUGCCAGAACGGAAAGUUGCUGAAGAACGGAGAAUGCGCUUGUCCCAAGGGGACUAAGGAGGACGAAAAUGGAAUCUGUGCUCCUGCUAAAUGCUCUUCUGGUUUGGAGACUGGCGAGAAUGGCCACCGCCUGGGCUUCGGCGGCAGCUGGUUCAUCACCGCGCCCGAAAGCAUGUCUUUGAAAUCCGGACGCUUUAAGCUCUGCAAGGACGAGGAGUGCAAAGCCGGCGAGACCAUCAACCCGGCUGAUCAGAUUUACAUCAAGGACAUCCACGGCAACCCGGGGAAUGGGGCGCUUCCGAACCGCUGGCUCAACUCGGCCAUGAACGGGAACCACGUCGGCAAGACGGAUAAUUUUGCACAGGCCGGCAAGUUCUCCAUGACCAAGUGGCCUUGCGGAAAGUACUGCCUGGGUGGGUUUGACUAUGGUUUGGGUCCGGCUUGCCCAUCGAACACGCCCGCCUUGACCUUCUUCCAGAAUGAUAAGCAGGCGUGUGUGCCCUUCGACUUCACCGAGGUGCCGUGCGAUGUGAAGGCGGAGGCGAACAACUGUAUCUGGAAGACUAAUGAGGACCAAUGCUGUGGUGGUGCAGUUGAUUGCGAGGGCAACUGAGUUCAGAGCCUCAGCUCACUCUUUUGGUGUAAGUUCGUGUGGGGUGCUUGGUCGGCUGAAAUUAUGGCUGUUGGAGGGAUAUGAUCAUUGGUAGUUAGUUGAAUAAAACUGCUGUGUCUUUGUUGCUAGUCAACUAGGACAUGGGUAUGAGUUAGCAAUGUGGAAUAAACAGAACUUUGGGACGGG